UUACACACAAACUCUUAAACACACACACACACUUUUACACACUCAUGGAUAGCUCUUCCUCUCCCCUGUAGGGUAUAUAAGGAGAAGCAGAAGUCUCCCAAGACGGAGCAGCAGCAGCAGCAGCAGCAGACCGACUCCAACCGACAGCAGCUUCACGCCAUCUCUAAUCUAAGUCCCGUGACAUCAACCUUGAACGAUCGCCGCCAUGUCUGAUCAAGAUGCCACCCCGCAGCCCUCUCCUGCCCCUCCUCCUCCCUCCGGACCCCCUCCCAAGGUGACGAACCACGGCCGCUCCGCAGUUCCUAUCUCCACCUCAAACUCCGACACAACGGACAUACCUGAGUUUGAGCCCUUUGGUGUACCGGGCCCCAGAGGAUUCCCACCUUUGACUGAGUAUCUUGACAUCUUGGCUGUGGACAUGAUGCGGAAGCCAGAGGAGAUCAACAAGACGCAGCACCACACCUCGUUUUUCAACUCUGACCAUCUCAUCGUCCGUCGUGGACAAGAGUUCCAGGUCAAAAUCACCUUCAACCGUCCCUACGCUGCUGCUACGGACAAGUUCGCCCUGGAGUUUGUCAUCGGCUCCACCCCUGAAUUCAGCAAGGGCACCUACAUCCCUGUCUUCCCCAACAAGGAGCGUCCGAGCCCUUGGGACGGCCGCAUCAUAGACAACACCGACAACACGGUCACCAUGGGCAUCACUCCUGCAGCAGACUGCAUUGUGGGGAAGUACCAUUUGUAUGUCGCCGUGGUGACGCCAUUCGGCAUCCGCAGGACCAGACGGGACAACAGCCGAGACUUUUACAUCCUGUUUAAUCCCUGGGCGUCAGCUGAUUCUGUGUUUCUGGACGAUGAGAGAGAGAGGCAGGAGUGCGUGAUGAGUGAGAUGGGCAUCAUCUACCACGGCGCCUUCGACGACGUGGCUGAGAGAAACUGGAACUACGGACAGUUUAACUUUGGAGUCCUGGAUGCCUGUCUGUACAUCAUGGACCGGUCUCAAAUGCCCAUCACCAACAGAGGAGACCCCAUCAGGGUGACCAGAAAGGCCUCUGCUAUGCUGAACUCCCGUGAUGACAAUGGCGUGCUGGUGGGGAGCUGGAGCGGCGACUACACCUACGGAGUGGCGCCCACUUCCUGGACUGGCAGCACAGACAUCCUGCUCAGCUACGCCAGCAGCAAGAUGCCCGUCUGCUACGCUCAGUGCUGGGUCUACGCCGCCGUCUUCAACACCUUCCUGCGCUGUCUGGGCAUCCCAUCGCGGGUCGUCACCAACUUCUACUCCGCUCACGACAACGAUGGAAACCUGAAGACCGACAUCAUCCUGGACGAGGACGGCAGGAUCGACCGCAACCGCACCAGAGACUCCAUCUGGAACUACCACUGCUGGACGGAGUGCUACAUGUCCAGACCAGACCUCCCAGUUGGCUUUGGAGGCUGGCAAAUUGUGGAUGCGACUCCACAGGAGACCAGCGAUGGCAUGUACAGAUGUGGCCCUGCAUCAGUCCAGGCCAUCAAACACGGGCAGAUAUGUUACCCAUUCGAUGCCGCCUUUGUGUUUGCUGAGGUCAACAGCGAUGUGGUGUUUUACUCCCGCAGUAAGGACGGGACCAUGGUGCCGGUCAAAGUGAACCGGUCUCACGUGGGCCGCAUGGUGUUGACCAAAAAUCCAGGAGACAUGACCCGCCGCGACAUCACCGAUCAGUACAAGUUUCCUGAAGGCAGCAAAGAGGAGCGGACCGUCCUGGAGAAAGCGGAGGAAUUCGGCUGUCAGCGAGAGAAGUCUGACCCUCCUGAGGCUGACGUGGAACUGGUCCUGCCCACCCUGGAGAUCGGCGUGGGCAACGACUUCGACCUGACCUUGGAGUUCAUCAACCGCAGCAACGAGAGCCGCACCGUGGACGCCUACAUCAGCGGGAGCGUGGUGUUUUACACCGGAGUCGCCAGCUCCGAGUUCCUGUUCAGGAAUCCCACGGUGGAUAUCGGCCCCAACGAAAGUGAGAAAAAUGCACUCAGAAGUAUUUCUGUUGACUUUUUCAGUGACAAUUACUGUAUUAUCAAAAAUAAUUAAGCAGUAAAACUACAC